AUGAGGUUCAGAACGCAGAUAGCCGAUGUCUCGAUCUUUACGCGUGUGGUGCAGUCUAUUGGCAAAGUUGCCAACAAAUGCAUCCUCAAACUCACGCCGGACAAGAUUCACAUGAUCUGCCUGGGCGACACCGAUGGUACGCAGAUCUGGUCGCAGAUGCAGGUCGACUCGAUCUUUCAGGACUACCGCAUCGAGUCCAACUUUCAGAAUCACAUCAACCUCGAGGUGUCACCAGACACGUUACUAAAGGCGCUCAAGUCGGCUCACAACGCGUACAGUGUGAUCCUUCGUCUGGCCAAACGCAACAAGGACCCUCUGCUCAGCUUCUCCAUCUCGGCACAGAGCCAUACGGGUGCUAAGCUCGAGGUGGUGCAGGAUGUGCUGAUCAAGGUACUCAAACCAGCCGAGAUGAGUCGCAUUGUGGAGCCGCUGUGUCCUGAACCGGACGUUCAUAUCAUUCUGCCCAAGUUGCUCCACCUGCGCACUGUGGCAGAUCACAUGCGCUCGCUGUCGGACGUGGUGACGCUCUCUGCGAACCGACAAGGUGAACUGCGAUUGUCGGUGGUGGAAGAUGAGGUUAGCCUGGACACUACUUGGUCGGGUCUGGCGCAUCCCACCAUUGAAGCAUCACAGUCGAGCCCAGCACAAAACCAGGAGAGCGAUCCAAGCCAACACAAAAGCGUCAAUCUUGAGACCAAGUCGUUGCUCAAAUUCUUGUCGAGCUACCUUGUUGCUACGACCACGAUUGCAUGCAUCUGCGCCAAUCACUGCGCCAUUUUUUAUGUGUACAUUGGCGACGUCGACAAGAGCAGCGGUGUCAUGACGUUUUUCCUACCUGGUGUUGUCCGCGAGGAUUGA